ACAGCUGGAGCUGGCGUGGUUUGUGUGAUUCCUGUUUCCGGCUCGGCUUCCACAGCGCGGCUCGACAGGAAUUUUAAAAGCUCGCCUGCAGCUCGUAUACUCACAGCGUCACCACACCGGGUCACCUCAAAGUCAUUUACAAUUUAAGCAAAAAAGGGUACUCUUUCAUCAAAAAAAAAUCAAUAGCCUAAAUAAAGACUAAACAUGGCCUCGGAUUGUCACUUCACCGACUCCAUAUCCAAGGAGGAAGAGGAGGACGAGGAAUUUGAUCGGAUGUUGAAGCGGAUCGGUGGAAAGGGGAAUAUUUAUUUAGUAGGAGACGCGGAUGGAGAAAACAACUGCAGCCUUUUCCAGGAGUUUAUCAUGGACGUGUUCCACACUGAGGUGCACAUCAAGAGGGACAGAAACGCAAACCUCGGCAACGGAAUCAAAUGUGCCGCUGCGAGAAACUGUCCAGUUUCUGAUGGGGCUCAAGGAAAAGGCGAUAAUAACGCCGACGUGGACGAGAAACGCGUCCGACACCAGCGCAAAACCUCCGGACACGACGGACGAGCGAUUCACUGCGCCGUCAUCGUCUUCAUUUUCAGACACGGAUACAUUCAGAACAAGGCGAACCGCAUGUGUAUGGAGGAGAUCCUGAAGGACGUAAAGGUUAGAGUGAAGAAAAAUCAUGGAGUUCGUCAGGCAUUACUGGGCCUCGUUCAUGCUGAUGCUGAAAGCUCAGAGACUCACCAGUCUGUGACGCUCUUGGAGGAGACAUUGAGAUCUGUGUUCGUAAAACAUCCACACGACUCCAUAUGGACCGGCCAUUUUAUUCCUAACGCAGCAGACGGCAUAGAGAACAUCAAGAGGAAUGCCUGCAAAGCUGUGAAUGUGUCUCAGAGCCCAGAUAACAUCUUGAGCCGUAAGCGAAAUAUUUUCUGGCUUUGUUCUGGCCGCUGGAUCAGGAGAGGACGUAGACAACGAGCCGAAGCGAUGACACAUGCUCAGGCACAGAAUGGUGAUCCCGAAAGCACAGAGGAAGGAAUUCCAUUACAGAUGAAAUCCGGCUCACAGUCCUGACAUCAGGUUUACUAACAGACUGAAAAUGACCACAUGACCUGUGAAAUGCACAGAAAGCUGAAAUUUACCUGCUGUAUUUGAUUUAUUACCUGGCAGGAAUGUUGAAGGAGCAUUGGGAAAUGAAGUUUACUCAUGGGUGCUGCUGCUACUCUGUAGUCUUUCAAAAUAAAGUUCCAGGACUUUCAAAGA